AUGGCAUCGGUCGCUCAACCGUGGCUGUUCUCAAAAUUCGUCGAUCCCAUCUUCGCGCUUUGUGUCGGCUUUUCGGCAGCUGCUCUUCGCAUCCAGCGCGAGCAGCGCGAGAAAUACCCCGAACAGGACUCGAGUUUCCCGGCACUGUGGCAGAAGGGCGUCAAGAUGAACAAAGUUUACUGGGGAAGUGAUUCUGCGGCCUGA